AUCCAGAACCGAGUCGGUGAAAUCAAAAGCCAAAAAGCAUCUGACUCUGACGUUAACACAAUUUCGAGAUUUCUUCGGCUUUCUGCGACCUCUCCACUUUUUCCUCUGCUUCUUUGUCUUCGUGUCAUUCUUCUCGCAGAUCUCGAAGAAAGCCCUUAACUUUCUCAUCGAUUCCGCUGAGAAAAAGGUUCGGUUUUUUCGAUGGGUUCUUCGUCGGGGCAACCCGAAUUUGAUUACUUAUUUAAGGUUUUAUUGAUCGGAGAUUCUGGUGUUGGAAAGAGCUCUUUAUUGCUGAGUUUCACAUCUAACACGUUUGAUGAUCUUUCUCCAACAAUCGGUGUGGAUUUUAAGGUUAAGUAUCUUACCAUUGGAGAGAAAAAAUUGAAGCUUGCGAUUUGGGACACAGCUGGGCAAGAGAGAUUUAGGACGCUAACAAGUUCGUAUUACAGAGGAGCUCAGGGUAUAAUAAUGGUAUAUGAUGUGACACGACGAGAUACGUUCACAAAUCUAUCAGAUAUAUGGGCUAAAGAAAUCGAUCUCUACUCGACUAAUCAGGAUUGCAUCAAGAUGCUUGUUGGGAAUAAAGUCGAUAAGGAGAGUGAAAGGGCGGUCACUAAGAAAGAAGGCAUAGACUUUGCUCGGGAGUACGGAUGUUUGUUUCUGGAGUGUAGUGCAAAGACUCGUGUCAAUGUAGAGCAAUGUUUUGAAGAGCUUGUUCAUAAGAUCUUGGAAACGCCGAGUCUUACUGCUGAAGGUUCCUCUGGAGGGAAGAAGAACAUCUUCAAACAAAACCCAGCACAGACCAGCAGUGCUUCAUCGAGCUACUGCUGCUCGUCUUAGACACGGUGUUUAUGGUUUAUGACACAGAUACACUCUUGCUCGUCUUCGUGUUCCUGAUGGUCUCUUUGUUUCCCAAAAACUGCAUCAUCUUCGAUGUAAAUCUUAACCCUGAUUUCAAAGUUGUGUUCAAUGGUUUCUAAUCUGGGAUCAUUCCAUCUUAUUAAAAAAAAAGGUUAUUUUA